AUGACUUCAAUCAUAAACAAAUUCUUCACUGGAAGUAAUGAUGUUGAUCAAAAAGAAGAUGAUACGCACGAUCAAAAGAAAAAUCUUCCGCCGGCGAGAAUUAUUAAGGAAGGUUCGACCGCAUUAGAAGGUGUUGGAACCAAUCCAACUGGCCAAAAUUUCCAUGAUGACGAUCAAUCUGACAUUCCGGUUGCACGUGUCACUGAAAAAGGUUCGACCGCAUUAGGAGGUGUUGGAUCUAAUCCAACUGGUCAAAAAUUUGAAGACGAACCAUCUCCUGAAAUAAAGCGCGCGGAUUCCCAACCCCAUAAAGAUCAGUCAACUGACAAUAAUCUUCCAGAAGCACAUGUCAUUAAUGAAGGUUCGACCGCAUUAGAAGGAGUUGGCACUAAUCCAACGGGUCAAAACUUCAAAGACGAACAGCCAUCUCCUGAACAAGAAACUGUAGAUUCCCAACCCUACAAAGAUCAAUCAACUGGUCACAAUCUUCCAGAUGCACCUGUCAUUACUGAAGAUCAAGCAACAGGUCACAAUCUUCCAGAUGCACGUGUCAUUAAAGUUUCAUCUGAGUUAAAUGAUGGAAUCAAGUCAACUGAUGAAAUUAAUGAUACGCCUCCAUCUCCUCAACACUCGGCCAGUGAGCCCAAUGAUGACAAGAACAACCAUACCGUAAACGAAACAUUAUCAAAAGAAGGAUAUGAGAAAUUAGUUAAGGGUGAAGUCGACACUAAUCCUGGAAGUCCAACCACUCAAGAUAAAGCAAGCGGCGCUAUUGAUAAAGCCAUUGGUACGGUCAAGGAGAAAGUCGGAAAAAUCGUUGGAAGUGAAUCCAUAAUAGAAAGCGGAAAAGAUCAAAAAGCAGAAGGGGAGGCUAGAAUGCAUGGGGAAUCCUAUGUGCGUCAAAGAAAGUUAUAA